AUGUUUCUUGUACUUAAUGAACUCAAGAAUGUUGGUGAAGAUAGACUCGCAAACUUCAACGCUUUGAAAUCAAUUAUAACGGAUAAUGAGAUUAGAAUUAAUGAAAAGAAUCAACCCAGAAGAACUGCUCAGAAUGUUGCAAACUUCAUUUUCGUAACUAACAACGUCUACCCUGUCAAAAUUGAAGUUGGAGACAGAAGAUACGUAGUUUUAAGGGUUAAUGGUAAAUUCAAAGGUCAAUUUGAUUACUUCAAGAAUUUAAUGGAUUCAUGCACUAAGGAAUUUUAUGAUAAUUUACUGACGUAUUUUAUGCAAUAUGACCUUUCAUCAUUUAAUGUACGAAUCAUACCGAUGACUGAAGCCAAACAAGAUUUAAUCGAGUUAUCAACAAAUCCUUUAGAUGUAUGGAUAAAUACACAUUAUGAUGAAUUGUGUGCAGGUAUGACGUGUGAAAAUGCUCUAUUCUGCAAACCAUCAGACAUGAAAGACAAAAACUUUCAAAUGAGUAUUAAGGAUAAAUGUGAUAGGAAACAUAGAAGAAUAGACGGUAAACAAACAUGGUGUUAUGUUUUGAAAGAAGAAAUGAAAGGAUUAUAUAAACAGGUUGAACCAAACGAUAAUGAGGAUUCAUUUACUGACGAUGAAAUACCUGUAAAUGAAGCUUUAUAA